AUGAUAACAUCAACCACCAAAUCAUCAAUCAUUGCUGCAUGCUUCUUGCUUGCAGUGAUUCUCCUGUCAACAACCACUCAAGCACAGGUCUAUCAAGGUCACUGUCUCUUGACAGGUACAACCGGAAACGCCGUUGGUCUUCGAGGUAGUGUCUCUCUCGUCUAUAGCACCACCACUGGCAAUACUACCAUUUCAUGGGCACUCAAUCAAACCACUGUACCAGCCAUUCUUCAAGGUAAAAAACUUGGAUUCCACAUCCAUGAAUUUGGUUAUCUUGCUAACUCUGUAUCCACUGGUUCUCAUUACAAUCCCUAUGGAGCCAGUCACGCAUUGCCAGGUGAAGUCGGUGCUCCCUCCAUCCACGUGGGUGAUUUGGGAAAUAUUGAUCUCUCGUUGGGAUACUCUGGUGUCAUUACUACUUCUUUAUUGCGAUUGGAUGGAAAUACUUCAGUGAUUGGUAGAGCCAUUCGACUUCACAUGGCACAAGACCUUGGUUCUAUUGCUCAACCCACUGGUAAUGCCAGUAAUCCUGCUGCUCAUUGUGUGAUUGGUAUUGCCAAUGUUACUUCGAAUCUUGCCAUGAAUGAUGCUUAUACUGCCACGAAUCGUGCUGUUGCAACCAUGUUCAGAACUGAUGCUGCUGGUAAUUACAAUGUUACUGGUAGAGUUAUUUUCGAUGAUUCUGUUGGUAAUGGAAAUGUUCGAGUGACUGGAAAGGUGUGUGGACUUGCUCCAAAUACCAUUCAUGGUUUUCAUGUUCAUCAAUUUGGUGAAUUGAAUUUGAAAGAUGGUGCAGCCCUUAUGGGACAUUGGAAUCCAUCAACAUCUCCACAUGCUUAUCCAGGAACUGUCAAUCGACACGCAGGUGAUAUGGGAAAUAUUACUGCAAAUUCCUUGGGUGUUGCAACGAUUGAUAUUACUUUGGAUUUAUUGGCAUUGAAGGGAGUGAAUAGUAUUAUUGGUCGUGGUGUUGUGAUUCAUCAAAAUCCUGAUGAUGGUAUCACACAACCAACAGGAAAUGCUGGAUCAAGAUAUGCCAUUGGAGUGAUAGGUAUUCCUCCAUCCUCCGUGAGCUUGGAAAAUCCAAACGAUGCUUGUUCAGGAGAGUCAUUCCCAUCACCAAUUGUUGUGCCUUCACCAAAGCCUUCACCAAAGCCUUCAACACCAAAAGCAUCUCCAUCCCCAAAGAAGUCCGUUAAUGCUGCUACUUGUGUCAAUGGUUUGACUAGUACCCUUGUAUUUGUUGUGGCUCUCUUUGCGUUGAUUUUGUUUUAA